CGGCGGAGGGAAAGGCUCCGCCAAGCCGAGACCCAGCCAGUCAAUACGCAAGCAACAAGCGAGCGAGAAAAGCCAGGAAGCCCGCGGAGCUGGAGGGCGCCUCGCUGGGCAGGCAAGCGCCGGCGGCGUCUCCCCCUCCUCUCCUCCAGGUGGCUCACGCCAAGAGAGGGAGUAGAGGAGGAAGCCGGUGGCACCACCACGGUGGGAUCCGAAAGGCACGACUCCCGAGGCGGAGAACCGGCCGGCUGAACAGCUGCAUCCUCCUCGCCUUCAGCAAGCAAGGAACAUCUGCAGUGAUGAAGACUUUUGCUACAUCUGCUUCUGGGAUUAUUUUAUUCCUUUUUGCUUUAACUCAAAGGAGCAGUGGUAAAUGCAUAGAAUCAGAUUCAAGGCCUGAGAUGAACCUGAAUGUAAAGUAUCAACUCCCUAAUUUCAUUGCGGAAAGCCCAGUACAAAAUAUAGUACUGUACAAGCACCACUUUUAUGUAGGAGCUGUGAACAAGAUUUAUGUCCUAAAUGAAAGCCUUCACAAUAUCUCUGUAUACAAGACUGGACCUGUUUUGGAAAACCCAGAUUGUGUUCCUUGUACAGAUUGUAAACCUAAAGUAAAUCAAUCUGAUAAUAUUUGGAAGGAUAACAUCAACAUGGCUCUGUUCCUAGAAACAUAUUAUGAUCAUCAGCUCAUCAGCUGCGGCAGCGUUGCAAAAGGAACUUGCCAGCGCCAUGUCAUUCAUCCCAGUAAUCCUGCUGACAUUGGAAGUAACGUGUACUGCAUGUAUCCCAAACUGAUUGACGAAGAAGCCGACCAGUGUCCUGACUGUGUUGUAAGCCCUUUAGGAACCAAACUUCUGGUCACAGAAAAGGAAAGAUUUGUGUACUUCUAUGUUGGUAACACUGUAAAUAAUUCAUCUCAGCAAGACCAUUUGCUACAUUCAGUAUCGGUCCGGAGAUUAAAAGAAACCUUGGAUGGGUUUGAGUUUCUCACGGCUUACUCUUAUGUAGAUGUCCUUCCAGAAUUCAGGGAUUCAUACCCCAUUAAGUAUAUUCAUGCAUUUGAAAAGGACCACUUUGUUUACUUUCUGACUGUCCAGAAAGAAUCUCUAGACUCCCAGGCUUUUCACACAAGGAUCAUACGUUUCUGCUCUUUUGAUUCUGAGUUGCGUUCAUACAUGGAAAUGCCUCUUGAGUGCAUUUACACUGACAGACGUAAAAAAAGGUCAACCAAGCGAUCAAAUGAGGUAUUUAACCUUUUGCAGGCUGCAUAUAUUGGUAAACCAGGUGCAGCCUUAGCUCAGGAAAUGGGUCUUGAUAUUAACGAUGAUAUUCUGUUUGGUGCAUUUGCCCAAAGUAAACCAGACUCUUCAGAGCCAACUCGUAAAUCUGCUGUCUGUGCAGUCUCUAUCAAAACCAUCAACGAAUUUUUUGGCAAAAUUGUAGACAAACAAAACAUGAAAUGUCUUCAGCAUCUGUACAGGAAAAACAGCAAGUAUUGUCUGAACAGGACUUUUUCAAGAAACACCACUUACUGUGGGGCACAAGAUGAUGAAUAUCGUGUGGAGGUCACAACACCUUUGCAGAGGAUUGACUUGUUCUCAAAGCAGUUCAGCACAGUCUUGUUAACGUCUAUCUCUGUCUUUACCAAAGGGGAUCUUACGAUUGCAAAUCUAGGGACAUCAGAAGGCCGCUUCAUGCAGAUAGUGAUCUCCCGGUCAGAACGCACGACCCCAUAUGUGAAUUUCCAGUUAGAUUUGCAACCUGUUUCUCCAGAGGUCAUUGUGGAGAAUUUACCAGGCAAUGAUGGUUACAUGCUAGCAGUCACUGGAAAGAAGGUAACCAAGAUUCCAUUGAAUGGUCCUGGAUGUUCUCACUUCAAUACCUGCAGUCUGUGUCUUCUGUCACCUUCCUUCAUGAACUGUGGCUGGUGUGGGAAUCAGUGUGUGCAGCCAUGGGAGUGCAGUGUAGAAAGGUGGACACAGGAGACUUGCUCACCUCAAAUCUCUGAGAUAUUUCCAAGCAGUGCAGCUUUUGAUGGUGCAACAAGACUGACACUGUGUGGGUGGGACUUUGGUUUCAGCAAAAACAACAAGUUCAGUUUUAAAAAAAUGUCAGUAUAUAUUGGGGAACAGCAGUGUGUUCUGGAUGCCAAAGCGAGUGACAAAAACAAAUUGGAAUGCACACUUGGUCCUGUGAAGAAUGCACGUUUUAAUGUUUCAAGCACUGUUUCAAACGGACAAGCAAAUGCUUCUUUUAGUACAUUUUCUUACGUGAAUCCCACCAUAAGGAGUAUCUCCCCAACCUAUGGUCCAAGAUCUGGGGGAACCCUGCUGACAUUAACUGGUGAAUACCUAAGUAGUGGAAAUUCACAAGAGAUCCAUGUUUGUAAAAAGCAAUGCAGAUUGACCAGAGUAUCUAAUAAAACUGUAGAGUGUUAUACCCCUCUACAAAGAGAAGUGUCAGAGUGUCACGUUGAAAUGAAAAUCGACUCAGUUGUUCGUUCAGGGGCUUAUUUUACAUACAGAGAAGAUCCUGCUGUUUCUAAAAUAUAUCCAGCUAAAUCCUUCCUAAGUGGUGGAAGCACAAUUACAGCUCAAGGGAUUAACCUGAAUUCAGCAUUCUCUCCAAAGAUGGUGGUAAUGGUCCCCAAACUAGGCAAAAAUUUUACUGUGGCAUGUAACCAUCGCUCAAAUUCUGAGAUAAUCUGUUGUACAACUCCUUCACUAAAAUCCUCUAAUCUGACACUGCCUUUUGUGACAAAAGUAUUUUUCAUUUUUGAUGGUGUCAUUUCAUCUGGUUUUAACUUUGAUUAUGUGAAUGAUCCAUCCUUUACAAUUUCUGAAAAACCAUUGCUGAUUUCAAAAGGAAACCAAAAUAUAGACAUUAAGGCAAACAACAUUGACUCAGAAGCAGUUAGAGGUGAAGUGUUGAAAGUUGGAAACAAGAGCUGUGAGAAUAUCACCUUGAAGUUGCAGUUGGUUUCUUGUACUGUUCCUAAAGAGCUGCUAAAAACCAACGGAGAACUAAGUAUAGUGUGGCAAAAAGAAGUUUCAUCAACAGUUAUUGGGAGAGUAAUGAUUCAACCUGAUCAGAAUUUCACAGGACUCAUCGCAGGAGUUGUGUUAAUGUUUCUUCUUCUGUCGUUGUCACUGUUUGGACUGUUCUUGUGGAGAAAAAAGAGAAAGCAAAACAAAGAUUUAGGCAGAGAGAUGGUUCACUAUGAUGGAAGGGUACACACGCCUCACUUGGAUAGGCUUGUCAGUGCAAGGAGUGUGAGUCCUACAACAGAAAUGGUGUCAAGUGAGUCUGUCGACUACAGAUCAACUUUUCUAGAAGACCAGUUUCCAACGUUAUCUCAGAAUGGAUCAUGCAGACCAGCUCAAUAUCCUCACUCGGAUUUAUCUCCCAUCCUCUCUACGGGGGACUCUGAUUUAGCCAGUCCGUUGCUACAGACUAAUGUCCAUAUUGACAUCAGUGCCUUAAAUCCUGACUUGGUCAAAGAAGUUGAGCAUGUGGUUAUUGGUGCUGAUAGCCUUAUAGUGCAUUUUAGUGAAAUAAUAGGAAGAGGACACUUUGGAUGUGUCUAUCAUGGGACUUUGUUGGAUACUGAUGGCAGGAAAAUACAUUGUGCUGUGAAGUCCUUGAAUAGGAUUACAGACUUGGACGAAGUAGCCCAGUUCCUAAAAGAAGGAAUCAUAAUGAAGGACUUCACUCAUCCCAAUGUCUUGUCACUACUUGGAAUUUGCUUGCCCACUGAAGGGUCCCCCUUGGUGGUGCUUCCUUACAUGAAACAUGGAGAUCUUCGAAACUUCAUUAGGAAUGAGUCUCAUAAUCCAACAGUAAAGGAUUUGAUUGGAUUUGGCCUGCAAGUGGCAAAGGGGAUGAAAUACUUGGCGAGCAAAAAGUUUGUCCAUAGAGAUUUAGCGGCAAGAAAUUGUAUGCUGGAUGAAAAAUUCACGGUCAAAGUUGCCGAUUUUGGCCUCGCUAGAGAUGUCUACGAUAAGGAAUACUACAGUGUACACAAUAAAACAGGAGCCAAACUGCCAGUGAAAUGGAUGGCUUUGGAAAGUUUGCAGACUCAGAAGUUCACUACAAAGUCAGAUGUGUGGUCCUUUGGCGUGUUACUCUGGGAGCUGAUGACGAGAGGAGCACCACCCUACCCUGAUGUCAACUCUUUUGAUAUCACUGUUUACUUACUACAAGGAAGAAGGCUUUUGCAGCCUGAGUAUUGCCCAGAUGCACUGUAUGAAGUCAUGCUCAAAUGUUGGCAUCCAAAACCUGAAUUACGGCCAGCGUUUUCUGAGUUAGUUUCAGAUAUAUCAAUGAUCUUCUCUACUUUCAUCGGGGAGCAUUAUGUUCAUGUAAAUGCCACUUAUGUCAAUGUGAAAUGUGUUGCGCCUUACCCAUCUCUUUUGUCAUCGCAGGAUAACAUAGACAGGGAUGCAGAUACAUGACCAGGCAUGUUAAUUAUACAGCCAUGGAGGGGGAAAGAACCAUCAGUAGUGGCCAGCUAAUUUUUUGACAGCUGGUUUUUGUGAAAGCACUGUUUUAUGUUUGUGUGAGAUGUACAAAUUGCACUAUUUUAAGGAGACAGUUUCAUGUUGCUGAAAGCUACAGGAUUAUAUAUUGUCCAGAUAUAAUUUGUUGAGUGCGAUGGGCAGCUGUAGCAACCACCAUUGCUGUUGCAACACUUCAUCUAAUACCAGCGAUCACUCAUUUCUGAGUAAUCCUACUGCUGUUAUAAUUAUAUGAUGUACAACUGAUAAGUGCUGUGGUUCACAGCUCAGGGGGACCAAGCAUUUAAGAAAUUAGUUACAACUGUUGGCCAGCAGUUUUUGUUAUUACAUAUCUGAAUAAUAUUUCAUGAUUGCAAAGAUUGCAUUUAGGCUGUCCUACAGCUAGUUGAAAAAAACAAAUGGGUAUUUGUCAGAUUGUCCAGGCUUCAUAAUUUCCAUAUUUAAAAAAAAGUUGGAAAUCUGCUUACAGUUACAUGAUAACAUUACUAAAAUGGUUUCCAGAUUCAUGAGCAUAACAGGUGUUUCAAGAAGGCAUUCCCAAUAAACAAGAAAGCGAUCUUUGAGACAUCUCUAUAACUAAUAGGCCAAAGAGUAAAUGGAACAAAUUUGUGAGUAGGACACCAGAGAGUAGUUUAAGAAACUGUGGUGGAAACAUGAGAUGGUUCCUAGGCAGGAACUCUAGAGAUUUUUCAGCAAUUGUUGUGUGUGAAUCAAAGAAGAAGCUAAAGCAGAAUAAAAGUAAAUAGCUCAAAAAGGAUGUUGGGCAGUCCUGAACCAAGCGGAACACAACACUAUAAAACAGGUGGCAAGCUGGGUGUAUCGCAUGUAAAUACAUUUGAGAAGAGAGCAUGAUACAGUCAGUGGCCACUUAGUAAAUUCACUAGUUCUAUAGACUGUGACAUGCCAUAUGUCUUCAAAACGACCAAAAUAAAGAUUUUAAAAACAGACAACUAAAUGUUGUGUUUUCUUAAAACUUUGCUCUUAACUUUUGAUUGAGCAUAAUUUUCUGUUUCUGUCCCUGUGGAAUUUUGUGCAUUCUACUGUAUAGACUGUUUGGUGUAGGAUUAAUACCGGGGUGGGUGGGUUUGUUUUGUUGUUGUGUUUGUUUGUUUUUUUGGUGUAAAUCCUUUCAAAGCAUUCUAUUUUUAUAUUGAAAUUUUUAAUUUUUUAUCUUAUAUAUGUAUACAUUUACAGAAACAGUUUGGUUAAGGCGUAAACUACUGCACUGUGAAAAUGUUGGAAAUAUUUUAUCAGUUUUUGAUUGAUACGUUGUCAAGAAGCUAAGGACUUCUUUCUGUAAAGACUGGAAAGGCAAAGAGAUUAUUGUGCACCACCUCUGCCCCAGUAUCAUUCCCUCUUGCUGGAAUCAAAAACACAUUUAAGAUCAUUGAGGGGGUGAUGCCUAUAAAGGAUCCAAUUAUAAGAGAGAUUUAUUAUUCUUGAGAGAGAAUGCCUCAUGGAAAGAUUUAGGAUGAGCUUGGAGUGGGUAAGCAAACUACUUGCUGAUAAUAACUGGAUUGUGUUUGACUGCCACAUGCAUUUCAGUGUGUGCUGAGAGCAACAUUAACUGUGAACUGCCUUUGCACCUCAACUUCUUAAGCUGCUACAAGCCACACAAAAUGGGAGAAAAAGAUCUUGAGGGUUAAGGAAAAUUAUACCAUGGUUUAGUAUGAUUUUUCUAAACCUAUCUGCACAUGCAUUGAGGAAUGCAGGAAUGGGAGGAAUGACAUGGCUGUACUAUUUAUGAGGAGAAAAUAAUGUGUCUGGGACACCUGUAAAUAAUGUGUGAUUCUUGUUCAGAUUUGAUGUUUAUACAUUCAGAUAUUUGCCAAUGAAAUGGAUGGUACCUACUUUUUAAUUGUGAUGACCUAACAAACUUAUUAAAAUAAAGGAAAAAUUG